ACGCCCCGGCAGGAACUGAUUCAGUGUCUUUCAGCUCCAACCCGCUUUCUCCGACUGUCGGGAUGUGACCCCGGAAACAGGACUGCCCAUCAGCAACAAUACACACCAUUCAAAUAAAAACACGGAGAAGACGCAUCUUAACAUUAGUGGGUCACAGGCGCUGGGGUGAUGAACAGUGACUCUGCCCCCGGGAAGACUCCUGAGGAGAUGUACAUCGAGCAGAAGGUGCGAGUCCUGCUCAUGCUGAAGAAGAUGGGAUCCAACUUGACCCCAAGUGAAGAAGCCUUUCUGCGAAGCUACUCUGGAGUAGUGAACAGCCAGCUGAGUCAGCUUCCCCAGCACCCCAUCGACCAGGGUGCUGAGGACGUGGUGAUGGCUUUCUCCAGAUCUGAAACAGAGGACCGGAGACAGUGAGUCACAGCGACGAAGCUUGACAGCAUGACCACUGCAGAAGGGCGGAGCCAGUCGGAGAGAGGAGGAUUCCAGAGCACAAACCAAUCCCUCGCCUUCCUGAAGAGUGAUGUCACAGCCAUCUGUAUGGGAGGCCUCGCACACCUGCGAUGGGCAGGCUUCUGCAGGACAAGGGAACGGACUAACCUGUUUUUUUGUUUUGCUUUUUUGCUUUUUUGUUAUUGGCUGAAAGGAACAAAUCCCUGCAAUUCAAUUUGACUGUAUUUUUUUUUUUGUUUAGUGUUUGGGUGGGUGAAUGGACAGUGAAAGUUGUGUCUGCCACACAUGUCUGUGCUUCUCUGAUCCCAGUAGCAUUCUUUGCAUUUUUGUUCAAGGAUUUGUUUAAAGGAACUCUGCUAGGUUUGAUGCUGAUGGUGUUUUUUUUGUAUUUAAAAAAGCUGCGCUUGACAGAACAUAAUUCAAUUUAAGUAACACUCCAAACGUCACACUAGAAGAGAUUUAAUACCUGUGCCGCUGUCAUUUUAAGAUUGCUGUCUAUUGUAUAAUUAUUAAAUCUGUUGUACAGAAAAAAAAUAUGGGAAAUGAAUGAAGUGGUCCCUGCCAUGCUCAUGUGUUUUAGCCUUGCAGGAUUGAAACAGGGCAACCUGAAACU